AUGGCUGGCUUUCGUCUUAUUGAUGUGGCAAAGCCUUUUUUACCAAUUCUACCUGAAGUGGAAAGUCCACUCGAAAGGGUCCCAUUCGAUGAGAAGAUGGUUUACACUAUCUUCACUGCGUUAAUCUACCUUUUUGCAGAAUUCCCAUUGACAGGUAUUUCUAAGGACUUUCAAACUGCCACUGUGAAUGAUCCAAUUUAUUUCUUACGUGGUGUCUUUGCAGCUUCUCCAAAGACCCUUCUAGAAUUCGGUAUUUUCCCAAUUAUUUCAAGUGCUCUAUUAUUACAAUUAUUAGCAGGUUUGAAGAUCAUUAAAGUCAACUUCAAAAUUCAAAAAGAUCGAGAAUUGUUCCAAACUUUAACUAAAUUAUUCGCUGUUUCUCAAUAUUUCAUCUUAACCAACAUUUUCAUCUUCUCUGGAUAUUAUGGUGCUAAUCUAUCCAUCCUUCAAAUUGCCCUAUUAAACUUUCAAUUAUGUGGUGCUGGUUUGUUUAUCACCUUAUUAACUGAAGUAGUUGACAAAGGUUUCGGUUUCGCAUCCGGGAUUAUGAUUUUAAAUACGGCAGCUGUCGCUACCAACUUUAUUGCUGAUACCUUCGGUGUAAGUCAAAUUAAAAUUGACGCUGCAGGUCAUACUGAAGCACAGGGUUCCCUAAUGAACUUAAUUCAAAGUUUUAGAAAUAAGGAUACCACUAUACUUGGUGGUAUCAUUGCUUCUUUCACCAGAGAUUACUUACCAAAUUUUACAACCACUGUCGUCGUUGUCCUUUUUGCUGCCAUUGUUUGUUACUUACAAAGUGUCCGUUUGGAAUUACCAGUUAGAUCUACUAGAACUCGUGGUGUUAACAAUGUCUAUCCUAUCCGUCUAUUAAAUAUUGGUGCUCUUGCUUUAUUGUUCUCAUACAUUGUUCUAUUCUACGUCCACAUCUUUUCCUUCAUUUUAAUUCAAAUUGUUGCUAACAACAAUCAAGAAAGUAUAAUCUGCAAGAUCUUGGGUCAUUAUGAUAACGUCAACAACCUUUUAGCUGUACCAACUUUCCCACUAUCACUAUUGACCCCACCAAGAUCAUUCUUCGGUGGUAUGGUCUCUCAACCAUUAACUUUUGUUGUUUACACUUCCUUCGUUGUUUUUACAAGUAUUUGCUUCGCCUCUCAAUGGCAAAAUAUCUCAGGUUCAUCAGCUCGUGAUUUAGCUGCUGAAUUUAAAGAUCAAGGUAUCACAUUAACUGGACGUAGAGAACAAAACAUCGCUAAAGAAUUAGAUAAGAUUGUCCCAGUGGCAUCUAAUACUGGUGCUGCUAUGCUUGCCCUAUUAGCUGUUACUGGUGAAUUAUUAGGUUUGAAAGGUAAAGCCGCUGGUAUUGUGAUAGGUAUUGCUGGUGGGUUCUCAUUAUUAGAAUUGAUUACUCUAGAUUAUCAACAAAGUGGUGGUCAAAGUGCUUUAUCUUCUGUUUUGGGUGCACCUAACGCUGGUAUGUGA